GUUCCAGCUCUAGUUCUAAUAGCAACAAUUUCAAGCGAAAAUAUUAAUUAAUUCGGCGCAUUUAAACCACGCGGAGUAAAAAGAGCUAGCUCGAGAUUCAGGAUCAUUGCUUAAGCGGCCAUAACCGAGAGAAAGCGCGAAAAAGGGCGGGCGCUUCAAUAAUAAUAAUAAUAUCGCUUCUCACCUGCGCCCGUGCGUUUGUGUGUGUGUGUGCGUGCGUGUGAGAGUGUCGCGUGUGUUUGUGCUUUGUUCUGCGAGCGUUCCGUUGCGUUUUGGAAAUGGCAAAGAAAACCUACGAUUUGCUCUUUAAACUGUUGCUGAUCGGCGAUUCAGGAGUGGGCAAGACGUGCAUAUUGUUCCGGUUCUCGGAUGAUGCAUUCACGUCCACGUUCAUAUCGACCAUAGGCAUCGACUUCAAAAUCAAAACAGUCGAGCUGCGCGGCAAGAAGAUCAAGCUGCAAAUAUGGGACACCGCCGGCCAGGAGCGGUUCCACACGAUAACCACCUCGUACUAUCGAGGCGCCAUGGGCAUAAUGCUGGUCUAUGACAUAACGAACGAGAAGAGUUUCGAGAACAUAGUCAAAUGGUUACGGAAUAUAGACGAGCACGCCAACGAGGAUGUGGAGAAGAUGAUCCUGGGCAACAAGUGCGACAUGACGGACAAGCGGGUGGUCAACAAGGAGCGCGGCGAAGCGAUUGCCCGUGAACAUGGCAUUCGGUUUAUGGAAACAUCCGCCAAGUCGAACAUAAACAUCGAGCGGGCCUUCUGCGAGCUGGCCGAGGCCAUUCUGGACAAGACAUCGGGACGCGAGUCGGCGGAGAACCAGGAGCGCGUGAUCAUCGAUCGCCGGAACCAGGAGAAGGCGCCGGGCUACAGCAAGUGCUGCGCGUAAAAAGCGGCGUUCCAGGCGAACGGGGCGUGGUUUGGCCCAGUUUGUGCUCAGCUGUGCGUGGGGAAGGCGGCGAAGGACGGAUGGGAUUGGAUUGGAUUGAACUGGACUAGAUUGGAUUGGAAUGGAACGAAACGAAUCGAACCGAAAGCAGUGGGGAUCGGUUUCUGAAACCGCUCCGCACGGACGAAGGAUAACAAAGCAAUAGAGCCGGGGUCAUUCGCACGUAGGAAACUUACUUAUUACGAGGACACGCAAAUGGAACAAGCAACAGAAACAACCUACCUAAAGUUUAACAACAAGCAACAGAUAUUGUAAUACGAACAUUUGGAAGCAACUUUACAAAACUCCGAACGAUGGAUGGUGGUCGGGCAAUGGUCAGGCGGGGCAUGGGCCACGUUAGCUAACAACUUGGACGCAAGGAUCGGCAUAUCGUGGAUCGGACAACGAGGAUCAGCUCCAGCCACUGUCCAGCCACACGAAACGAUACUGAUAGCGAAGUCGCAGACGCAGACGCAGACAUAAGCAACUUUUGUAACGUACUUUUGAUACACAUAUAGUCUUACGAUUCCCGUACUCAGUCAUUCGUUCGCUCGCUCGUUCGCCACCACUCGCACUCCCCAGGCGCCCCACUUAGUGUUUCGUUUUUGUUUUGCGUUUCAGCCUAGAUAUAAAUAACACCUAUACAUAUAAUACAUCGGAUAGUAUAUAGCCUAAACAUACCUAGCUUGCUUUCGCUUUCUAUGUCGACGCCAAGCCAAGCCAGGAUGGAGGAGUUCGAUGGGGCGGGCGGGGGUUCUGGACGCCCUGCUCUGCGCCCUGGCCACUCAAGCUAUCAAGCCAGAUCCUCGGCCAGAGUUGCAGUUCCAUAGGGAGUUUCGAGAUCGAGGUGUUCCGAAAUCGUUUUCUGAUAAUUGCCUAUGCAUAUAUAUAUAUAUAUAUAUAUAUAUAUCUAUAUAUAUAUAUAUAUGAAACUACUAUAUCGCAUCGUUUUUAUGUGCAUUCGCGCCCGCACACCCAAUUUAUAUAUAUAUAUAUAUACAUGUAUCUGUACACUUAAGGGGGCGUGGGUGUGCGCGCGUGUAUAUCUCCAUGCUUGUAUGUAAGGACGGUGCACGCCAUCACUGUAGCAUUCGCAUACGCAUCCGCAAGGGAGGAGCGCCACAAACCGAACGCACCACCUAGCGCUCGCCUCCCGUCUCCUUGUAAUUUUAUUCUACAUUUUUUUUUGUCGUGUAAACCUAUUAUUUGUAACUGUAUAUGGAUUUAGUUUAGUUGUCCACACCAAAUGAUUUACCGAUUAAAAUAUAAAGAACAACCUAAACCAUGUCAUAUAAA